GGGCGGAGCAUCGCCGCGGCGAGGGAAGCCGGGCACCGGGCGAGCGCCGGGGCGGCGCGGCGGGGACGAUGACCACGGGCUCGGUGCUGCCGCUGCUUCUGCUCGGGCUCUCGGGCGCGCUCCGGGCCCACCAUGAGGAUCUUACAGUCAGAGAGGCCUGCAAGGCUGGCUUCUCCGAAGAAGGCUACACUGCGUUGAUCUCCCCGAAUGUCGUGGAAGGAGAGAAACUACUCAAAGUUAAGUUCAGCAGCUGCGUGGACACCAAAGGGACGCAGUAUGAGACCAACAGCUUGGACUUCAAAGUCGGAGCUGAUGGGACAGUCUUCGCCACUCGGGAGUUGAAGAUCCCCUCAGAGCAGGUGGCCUUUACCGUAACUGCACGGGAACGCCAGAGCGCUGAGCAAUGGGACGCCAUGGUACGGCUGCUGGUAGCCCAGACAUCAUCGUCAUCGGCACACUCUGAACACAAGAAAGGGAAGACGGUGGCCCUGGACCCCUCUCAGCUCCCGAAGGACACACUGCUGCCAUGGCCUCAACAACACCAGAGCUCCGGAGGGCUGAGGAGGCAGAAGCGUGACUGGGUCAUCCCACCCAUCAACGUUCCCGAGAACUCCCGUGGGCCCUUCCCCCAGCAGCUCGUCAGGAUCAGGUCGGACAAAGACAAUGACAUCCCCAUCCGCUACAGCAUCACGGGGGUGGGCGCCGACCAGCCCCCCAUGGAGGUCUUCAACAUCGACUCCAUGUCUGGCCGGAUGUAUGUUACUCGGCCUAUGGACCGAGAGGAAAGAGCCUCUUACCACCUCCGAGCCCACGCGGUGGAUAUGAACGGUAACAAGGUGGAGAAUCCGAUUGAUCUGUAUAUCUACGUCAUCGACAUGAAUGACAACCGUCCCGAGUUUAUCAACCAGGUCUACAACGGCUCUGUGGAUGAGGGCUCCAAGCCAGGUACAUACGUAAUGACGGUCACAGCCAACGAUGCAGAUGACAGCACCACAGCCAACGGCAUGGUGAGGUACCGGAUUGUCACCCAGACACCCCAGAGCCCAUCCCAGAACAUGUUCACCAUCAACAGUGAGACAGGGGACAUCGUGACUGUGGCAGCGGGCCUGGACCGAGAGAAAGUCCAGCAGUACACGGUCAUCGUCCAGGCCACUGACAUGGAAGGAAACCUUAAUUAUGGUCUCUCGAACACGGCCACGGCCAUCAUCACGGUGACAGACGUAAAUGACAACCCUCCAGAAUUCACCACCAGCACAUUUGCAGGAGAGGUCCCCGAAAACCGUAUAGAGACAGUAGUAGCCAACCUCACAGUGAUGGACCGAGACCAGCCCCACUCACCCAACUGGAAUGCUGUCUACCGAAUCAUAAGUGGAGACCCCUCCGGGCACUUCAGUGUCCGCACAGACCCUGUGACCAAUGAGGGCAUGGUCACCGUGGUGAAGGCAGUGGACUAUGAGCUGAACCGUGCCUUCAUGCUGACCGUAAUGGUGUCCAACCAGGCGCCCCUGGCCAGCGGGAUCCAGAUGUCCUUCCAGUCCACAGCGGGGGUAACCAUCUCUGUCACCGAUGUCAACGAAGCCCCCUACUUCCCCUCCAACCACAAACUGAUCCGCCUGGAAGAGGGUGUGCCUGCCGGGACCGCGCUCACCACUUUUUCCGCAGUGGACCCUGACCGAUUCAUGCAGCAAGCCGUGAGGUACUCGAAACUGUCUGAUCCCGCCAACUGGCUGCACAUCAACACGUCCAAUGGGCAGAUCACCACGGCCGCAGUCCUGGACCGAGAGUCCCUCUAUACCAAGAACAAUGUAUAUGAGGCCACCUUCCUGGCUGCUGACAAUGGGAUCCCCCCAGCCAGUGGCACUGGGACCCUGCAGAUCUACCUCAUCGAUAUCAAUGACAACGCACCACAGCUGCUGCCCAAGGAGGCACAGAUCUGCGAGAGGCCCGGCCUCAACGCCAUCAACAUCACCGCAGCCGACGCCGAUAUGGACCCCAACAUCGGCCCUUACGUCUUUGAGUUGCCCUUCAUCCCCACUACGGUGAGGAAGAAUUGGACCAUCACCCGCCUAAACGGUGACUAUGCCCAGCUCAGUUUGCGCAUUCUGUACCUGGAAGCGGGGGUGUAUGACGUCCCCAUCAUCGUCACGGACUCCGGCAACCCUCCCCUGUCCAACACAUCCGUCAUAAAGGUCAAGGUGUGCCCGUGCGAUGAGAAUGGCGACUGUACCACGGUCGGUGCAGUGGCUGCAGCUGGCCUGGGCACGGGCGCCAUCGUGGCGAUCCUCAUCUGCAUCGUGAUCCUGCUAACCAUGGUCCUGCUGUUCGUCGUGUGGAUGAAGCGGAGGGAAAAGGAGAGACACACGAAGCAGCUGCUCAUCGACCCUGAGGACGACGUGAGGGACAACAUCCUGAAGUACGACGAGGAAGGCGGCGAGGAGGACCAGGACUACGACCUCAGCCAGCUACAACAGCCAGAAGCCAUGGAGCAUGUGCUGAGCAAGGCCCCUGGUGUGCGGCGAGUGGAUGAACGGCCAGUAGGUGCCGAACCCCAGUACCCGGUCAGGCCUGUGGUGCCACACCCAGGAGACAUUGGAGACUUCAUCAACGAGGGACUUCGAGCUGCUGACAAUGACCCUACCGCACCCCCCUAUGACUCCCUGCUGGUCUUCGACUACGAGGGCAGCGGUUCUACUGCAGGCUCUGUCAGCUCCCUGAACUCCUCCAGCUCCGGGGAUCAAGAUUAUGACUACUUGAAUGACUGGGGGCCCCGGUUCAAGAAGUUGGCGGACAUGUAUGGGGGUGGCGAGGAGGACUAACCGACCUCACCGCCAUCGUGAGAAGGGCACUGGAGGCUGAGCAGCAGAACUGAGCCAAGGUGCCAGAGCCAUCUGGUGUCGAGAGAUCCCUCCCCGCUGCCGUCCCCCGCGCGGAGCUCUGCAGUAUGGACGGACACAGGCCACCGGGCACCCACCAUCGCUGCGGCAUCUCGGUAGCCACAGCCACGUACCGCGAAGGGAGAGCCAGAGGCACAGCCCUAACUUGAAUUUCUUACCACAAAAGCACUGUUAAAACAAAACAAACAAACAAAAAAACAAAACAAAACAAAAGUGCCUUUUGGUACAUGACAGAUUCCCUAACUCAGGAGUGACUGAAAGAGGAGAGACAGCCCGAGACCCCCACCUCUGUCCACCCCGCCCCACAGCCACAGCCCCAUCAGGUACCUUCUGAAGGUGGUGAGCAAUGGGAGACAAUGUCCUUUUUUAUUUUUAAAGCCUUUUAUUAAGAAACAGAAAGUAGGUAACUUAUUUGCAAAAACAGAUCUCAACAGCUUCUGUUAGGCAUAGCCUGCGUCUCCUGGGCCCUUUGGCCUCCCUGAGGCUGUUAGGUGAGGAUCAGGCUUUUCAGCACCAAAAAAGCACUGGGCCAGCCCAACCCCAUCAGCAGAGCCACUUCUGUGUGGACUAGGCCUUCACCUGAAUGUUUGCUCUGCCCCUACACACUGUAAGUAGCUGGGGCAGGUGUGAUGCCUGAAGACCUUCCCGGGAGUCCUCACCUCUCCACUUGGCCACUGCCACACCCUCAAGUCCACCAUAAAGCCUCUCUCUGGACCAGCUGUCGCCCCCAAUCCCACCAAAGUCCCCUUUUUGCUUUGGUCCAGGACAGUCCGUUGUCUAAGAAGCUGCAGCAUCCUGCAGAACCCUAGUUCAGCCAUCCGCUCUUCAGGGUGAGACCCCGAGGGAUCCCGUUGAAGGCAUAGCAAUCACAAACCCUCCACUCAACGGAACCCCUGAACGCUCUCAACACCCUCCCCAGGCUGUGCAGAUGCAGACACAAAAGGCAGAGCCUGGCCGGACUCUGGCAGCUGCUUGGCCUCCUUGGGCCCGGCUAACCUGAACUCCCACCUGGUCCCAUGAACUGCUAUGGAUGUGAGGACCUACCAAGAGGCCGGCGAGAAUACCUUGCUGUGCCCCUGUGACCACAGAUGGACCCGUAUUUCUGUUGUUCUCUGGAGCUGGUGGGGCACUUAACCACGGCAGCUUGAGCAUGGGGCGAACUGGGCAGGGUGACCGCUUCUGCAGGACAGCAAAGAGGCCAUGUACAAGAACCUACGGGAGAUGGCAAAGCUUACCUUUUCACUGGAGGGGAAAACAGACCUAGGACGUUCACAUGUCUGGGCCCAAAAGAGCCCUGGGAUGGGGCAGAAAGGCAGGCACCAAUGAAGCAUCCUGUGCUGAGUCUUCCUGGCUUACCCCAUGCUAUAAGAUACUCCCAAGGAAGGGGUUGAAGAGUGCUGAUUGCUUGGGAGGCCUUGGUGUCUGAGUCUUCUUGGGGAGACAAGAGAAGUCCCGGCAUUGAGGAGAAAUAAGUUUCUUCCAGAUCUCUAACCCAUACCUACAACUGGGGGGUCAGGGAGGUCUCAAAAGGGCUGGGGGUCCCCAGGAGAUCGCAUGCUCCCUUGCCAGGGGUCUCUAAUCCAUGGCUCCCCUUGGCUUCUUUACUCCGUGGCUAGAUCCCCUUUCCCAGACUGCUUUGGCCUCAAAGAUGCACCUGAGUGAACUCACAGGUGCCCAACUCGUGGGUAUGACCCAUUGGAUGUCAGGGUUCUUUCCCAAAUCAAACCCAUGCCCACCUCUGAACUCCUGGACUUGAGCUGGGUUUCUAGCUCAGCUGUGUCUACUCACUCCUCAUACCGCUGUCCUAGGAGGGGGGAUGAAUAGGGGCCUCUGUCCCUUCCUGGGAGUCCCCCUGCCUACAGCCAGCAGUGCUCGUGAAGGGGGUCGGGAGGGCUGUCCUAUGCAAAUUGCUCGAAUCGGGUGGUGCUGAGCUUGGCGUGA